AUGGUACCUACUGAAAAUCGAGGUUGGCACAGCCACUACCACAGCAACCACCUCCACCAUCCGGACCACCAGCACCAUCACCGCCACAAACAGCACGAGCACCAUUACGGCCACUUCCAGCCGCCUGUGCCGGACGGCAUCAGUCACCGCCUCCACACUGGGGACAGCGACGGGGGCGGCGACGGAGGCGGAGGUGGAGGCGGAGAGCUCGUUAAGAGCAAGCAGUGGUGGCCGCCGGACAACGCCAUCGUGCUGCCAGCACCACGCACGGCCGCUGAAUCUCCGACAGACGAGAAGGACGGCGGAUCCGGCGGGGGCGGUAGCGGGGGCGGCGGAGCCGUGUUCCUCUCGGAGAACUGCACGGUGGUGCUGGCGCAGACUGGCACCACGCCGCGACUCCACUGCGAGGUCGCCGACGUCGGCGAGAGCGUCGUUUCCUGGAUUCGGCGUAAGGACUACCGACUCCUCACUGUGGGUCUUGCCACGUACAGCAGCGACGACCGAUUCUUCACAGCACAUGUCAGAAGUCAGCAGGACUGGGCCCUGCACGUGCGCUUCUCGGAGCCUAGCGACGCUGGCCUGUAUGAGUGCCAGGUGUCAACACACCCGCCCAGCAGUCUCUUCGUGGAGCUGAAGCUCGUCGAGGCGCACGCCGAGCUGCUGGGCGGCCCGGACAAGCUGGUGAAGCGCGGCAGUGCGUUGCGGCUGGUGUGCGCCCUGCGCGGCGCCACCGAACCGCCCGUCUACGUGUUCUGGUACCACGGCGGCCGCAUGGUCAACUACGACGCUGCGCGCGGCCUCCACGUGCGCCAUGCCGCCUUCUCCAGCGAGCUGCUCGUCCAGGACGCGCAGCGACACCACUCGGGCAACUACUCGUGCGUGCCGUCCAACGCGCGGCCCGCCAGCAUCAGCGUCCACGUCAUCAACGGUACGCUCUACCCACUCCGUGUUCUCUUCCUGGGUUUGAGAAACCUGCAAAGUCUUAUUAUGUUACGUUAA